AUGGCUAGAAUUAGAGUCACCACUGCCCAAAAUGCUCAGACCAAUGCGGACAUCAAGAAGAAGAUCCAAACCCUCGGAGAAGAACUCUCCGCUGCCAUCAAGGCCCAUCAGAAGUCCUCUGACGAUGUGAGAAAAUUUCAACAGCAAAAAGAAGAAUCAAGUGACAACAUGGGACGCCUUUCAUAUGUUAAAGGGAUGACUCGGACAGCUUACGCAGCACUCAAGAAGCAAGUCAAGAAGCAAAGGGAGAUCCACGAGAACAUCGUCAAUCAACUGGAGAAGGCGUUGGAGGUGGAGAAAUCGGCGAAGGAUGCGAUGGAGGAGGCUGAAGCGGAGUGA